UGCCCUCCCACUGUGCCAACAUGGCGACGCCCAGGUCCUAAUCCGGGAAACGUGCACCCGGACUAAUUCGGUCCUCUGGACCUCGAGAGAGGGCUUGGCGGGCAGAGGCUUCCGCGGAUGUCCCGUGCGAGAAUCGUUCUGUGGCUAAGAUUGACUCUUCGCCCCGCCUGCAAUCUCUAUAGAGCCCGGUUUAUGGAGGAACAGACGCAAGGGCUACGGAAUCCGGGCGAAAUGGAGAACGGGACCGAGCCCUGCGGAGAAGAGUGCGCAUCCGAGGCUCAGGAGACCACGGUCACCGAGGGGGCCGCCAAGAUAGCCUUCCCCAGCGCCAACGAAGUCUUCUACAACCCAGUGCAGGAGUUUAACCGGGACCUGACAUGUGCUGUGAUCACCGAGUUCGCUCGCGUUCAGCUUGCGGCCAAAGGAAUCCAGAGGGGAGCUUUCUCAGGGAGAGCUUCACUAUCCCCUGACUUGUGCUUCUGGGUGGCUGCAGUCAAGGUGCCAGGUGAGAAGGACGUGCAAAAGGUGGUCGUGGACUUGUCAGAGCAAGAGGAGGAAAACGCUGAACUGAAAGAGGGUGCAAACCUGGCCCCAGGAGACCAACCUCGAACAGCUGCCGUGGGGGAGAUCUGUGAGGAAGGCCUUCGAGUGCUGGAGGGUCUGGCAGCCUCGGGCCUCCGUUCCAUUCGUUUUGCACGAGAGGUGCCUGGGCUCCAGUCUGUGGUUGCCAACGAUGCCUCUGCCCGAGCCGUGGAUCUCAUACGCCGCAACGUGCAGCUCAACGGUGUGGCCCACCUGGUGCAUCCCAGGCAGGCAGACGCCCGGAUGCUGAUGUACCAGCACCAGAAGGCAUCAGAGCGGUUUGAUGUCAUCGACCUGGACCCCUACGGCAGCCCUGCCCCCUUCUUGGAUGCUGCCGUGCAGGCCGUGAGUGAAGGAGGGCUGCUGUGCGUGACGUGCACGGACAUGGCAGUGCUGGCGGGCAACAGCGGGGAGACGUGCUACAGCAAGUAUGGGGCCAUGGCCCUCAAGAGUCGCGCCUGCCACGAGAUGGCCCUGAGGAUCGUCCUGCACAGCUUGGACCUCCGAGCCAACUGCUACCAACGCUUCGUGGUGCCGCUGCUCAGUGUCAGUGCUGACUUCUAUGUGCGUGUUUUUGUCCGUGUCUUCACUGGCCAGGCCAAGGUCAAAGCCUCAGCCAGCAAGCAGGCACUCGUGUUCCAGUGCGUGGGCUGCGGGACCUUCCACCUUCAGCGCCUUGGCAAAGCGUCAGGAGCCUCUGGGGGCCGGGUCAAGUUCUCUGCAGCCUGCGGUCCCCCUGUUGCCCCCGAGUGUGAGCACUGUGGGCAGCGACACCAGCUUGGCGGUCCCCUGUGGGCAGAGCCCAUCCAUGACCUGGACUUCGUGGGGCGUGUCCUAGAGGCUGUGAGCACCAACCCCGGCCGCUUCCACACCACAGAGCGGAUCCGAGGGGUCCUGAGCGUCAUCACUGAGGAGCUCCCGGAUGUGCCUCUCUACUACACGCUGGACCAGCUGAGCAGUACCAUCCGCUGUAGCACGCCCAGCCUCCUGCAGCUGCGGUCGGCCCUUCUCCACGCUGGCUUCCGGGUCUCCCUCUCGCAUGCCUGUAAGAACGCCGUGAAGACAGAUGCCCCCUCUUCCGCCCUCUGGGACAUCAUGCGCUGCUGGGAAAAGGAGUGUCCGGUGAAACGGGAGCGCCUGUCCGAGACCAGCCCGGCCUUCCGCAUUCUCAGUGUGGAGCCCAGGCUGCAGGCCAACUUCACCAUCCGGGAGGAUGCCAACCCCAGCUCCCGCCAGAGAGGACUCAAGCGCUUCCAGGCUAAUCCUGAGGCCAACUGGGGCCCCCGGCCCCGCGCCCGGCCGGGGGGCAAGGCAGCUGGUGGAGCUAUGGAGGAGAGACGCAGGCUGCACCAGAAUAAGAGAAAGGAGCCAGCAGAGGACCCAGUCCAGCGGGCUGCCCGGCUCAAGACAUUUCCCUGUAAAAGAUUCAAGGAGGGCACCUGUCAACACGGGGACCAGUGCUGCUAUUCCCACAGCUCCCCAGCACCCGAGGACACUGCUGACGAGGACCCCGGUGACCGUCCAGAGACUCCUUACCAGAACCCGCCUGGGCCUGGCAUGGCCACUGGUCCAGGAGUAGACUGAGCCAAUAAAGAGACGUCAUCCCUUUGACUGUCA